AUGGACCCUCCCAAUCCAUUCCCGAUUCUCCGUCUCCCAUUUGUUCCAAUUCAAGAAGUAUUCAAAGCGAUGGAUCCAUUCGAUAUAAUCAACUUCUCAAUGAUUUCCAAACGAUCAAAAGGAAUAACAAAGCAGAUGACCUUCUAUUCAAAAUAUUCAAUUCAACUUAGUAUCGGUGAAGAACUAGAAGUCACAAUUACGGGGCCUAAAUAUAUGACACAAUGCUAUUACAUUUUCACAUCAAAGGAAGAAAUGAGUGGAAAAGUUGAGGACAAUGCUUUUCAAGGUUGGAAUGAGAUAUUAGUAUGGAAAUACUCAAACAAUCUAGUGGAAGAUUGGAAGCAGUUAAGCAAAUAUGUAUUGGAAAUAUUCAAAAAGCAGACAAUCGACCUUUUCUCAAUGAUGUUGGAUACAUUCAAAGAUCAUAACGUUUCGAUUAUUGAUUUUGUAAAAUCUAAUGCGAAAUCAGUAGACGAUUGCCAUAUGUUUCAGGCGGAAGAUAAAAAUAACGUAGAUGAACACGCCGCAUAUGUCCUAGAGAAUAUGAAAAUUACUUUUGAGUUAUUGCUUUGUUUACACAUCAAAAGCGAUGAUUUCAUUUCGAAAAUUCCGAAAGAUCUAAAAAAAUUUACUAUCCUCGAGUCGCAAUGGGUUCGAUAUGAGAGAUUGCUGGAAAUAGAUUGUAAAAGUGUGGUCCUAGAAGAUGAUCAAAUCUCAGAUGAAGAAUGGAAUUUGUUCAUCAAGAAAUGGAUAGAAAUGGAAACAAAUCAGAACCUGAAAUACUUGGAAAUCGAUCAUAAAGAACUAGAUGUAUUCAGAGAUCGUGUGUUGCAUGAUAUACCAUAUAAAGAGAUUGAUGGAGAAGUCAAAAGAACCUUCACGACCAAUAUCAAUGAAACUCUAGAGAUAAGCGGAGGAAUCGACAUGCAACGUAUCGAUGGAAAAACGGCUACAUUCGCCGUAUCCUUCUCGACGCAGCGUACUGCUAUGAUUAUUCAUUAA